CGAAGCAUCUAGCAGAAAGCAUCUUCCUGCAUUCUGUUCUCUCGUUCGCCUGCUUGUUUUCCUCUCACUCUCUCUCUCGCUCACACACACACACACACUCUCUCUCUCUUUCUCUCACGCUCUCUCUCUCUCUCCCUCUCUCUCCCUCUCUCUCGCGUCACUGCUCUUCUUGUUAACUGAGUCCCCGUCUGUCUGCCGGAGCACAGACCUCCCAGCUCUCUCUCUCUCUCUCAGAAGAGCAGCGCCCAGGCUGUGGGAAUCGCGUGCACGCUCACACACACACGCUCACACGCUCACACACACGCAUACACACACGCACGUGUGGGUCCCGCACGCAGGUACACACACACACACACUCGCUCUCGCACACACGCGUGUCCAGCCCGGAGCCGGCAGCCCAGCAUGGACGUCCUGAAGAAAGGCUUUUCCAUGGCCAAGGAAGGGGUGGUGGCGGCAGCGGAGAAGACCAAGGAGGGUCUGGAGGAGGCGGCCGCCAAAACCAAGGAGGGGGUCAUGUACGUGGGUACAAAGACAAAGGAGGGAGUGGUGUCAGGUGUAAAUACAGUGUCCCAGAGAACGACCGACCAGGCUAACAUAGUGGCCGAAGCUGCUGUCUCCAGCGCCAACGACCUGUCCCAGAAAACAGUGGAGGGGGUGGAGAAUGUGGCACUGUCUACCGGCCUGGUCAACCCGGAUGAACCUGGGACUAAGGGGGAGCUGUCCCACCCUGAGGGGACCGUGGAGCAGGCCGGAGACGCGGGACAGUAGGGGUAUUAAUCCAUUGUCCAGGGACCAGCAGCGACCCCCCAGCCCCCCCCACCCCAUGUUGCUGCAAGAAGGAGUGCCCAUGGCAGCAGCUCAAACCACCCCGACUGCCCCCGCCCAAUCGGAUCACCUGAUCCCCCGUGCCUCUCCCCCCAUAACCAACACAACAUGGAGCCUCAGACGGACCUCCUGGCUGGUGUCGUUUAUGGCUUUAUGGAAACCAAAUUUGUGAAGGACUCUCCCUCCGAUCACAACACGUCCAGCCCCUCCCCCUCAUGGUGUGCUCACGCGUUCAUUCUUCCAAAACCCCCUGCCCCCCCCCCCCCCCAACCGCACCCCCCAUGUGAGCCUCACCGCUGACCCAUUUGCCCCCCCAAACACCCAAAACACAAAGCCCCUCUCCCGAACAGGAGGGUGUUCGUUUGCGGUCCCUGAGCACUGACCACAGCCAUCCGGUCCAAGAGACAUACACACACACACACACACACACA